UUCCGGCAGUAUUUAGCAGCGUUGGUGCAUAUAAUAAGUAGGUUGCCAGCGCGUAGAAUAGAGUUAAUAAUAGUAUACCUAAAUAGUAAUAGUAGGGGGAUUUUUAUUAAAAACGGGUUAGUAGUAUAUAUAACAGCAUACUAUAAAGGUAUAGAAGUUAGUAAAAAGGCUAAGGUUAUCCACUAA